AUGAGUGUCGCGGACGAGGCGUCUUCACCGCCUCUCUCGGCGCCGCCUGCCGGGGAGGAUGUGGUGCUCCCCGUUUGGGCGCGGUGUCUUGUGUCAGUGCAAUGCAUGCUUCGUGUGCCCAGGCAAUUGUGGGUCUGCACGUGGGCCCGUGUUUUCCAGCUCCCAGGUUUCUCGUCGCUGCGGCAGCAGUUGGACGCUGGCGGCGGAUUUUUACUGAAUGACCCACCUCGGGCGCUCUCGCUUGUGUCUCGUGCUGCCAAGGCUGCGUGGACACACGUGCACCGUUGUGCGAGGGAUGAACUGUGGCCAGGCGUCCGUGCUCGCGCAGGGCGUCUUCUUCCGGCGCUGAGGCGGGCAGCCCAAUUUGUGCGGAGUAAGGCCUUGGACGGGGUGCGGUGGGUGUAUGUUUAUUCCGGCUCGCUGGGCGUGAGGGCGACACCGCAGUGCCGAGGGAAGACCAACUGCACACGUGGGGCCACAGCCGCUACGGCUCCCACGCCAUCAGCGGCGUCACCGUCAUUGGCAAAUAGCAAAAUCCGCGGCACUGUCCCUACCCACGCGCCAACGCGGUCGACGAAGACGUCUGGCGUCCGAGCUUGGCUGGGGAAUAUGUUCACGUUUUUCUUUUCACCCAAGCAAGAGGUGACGCGUUCACCUCAGCCCUCUUUUCGUCCUGCUGAGGCGCGCCGCAGCAGCUCUGGCGUCCCACGCCGUGCACCUCCGCCAGCUGGGGGACCCUCCGCGACGAAACAGCCUCACCCAUCGGCCAGCGAAGCCCUACAAGAGGGCAGAAGGCAGGAGCAAACGGCAUCCAUCUUUGAGAAGGUGUCCCAUCUGCUGCGGUGGCUCGCCGGUGGUUCGCCCCCGAGGGUGUCGGAGUCUGCCGGGGACCCUGCCUAUCGAAAAAGAGAUGGAAACAAGAAGCAGCGCAAGGGAACACAUAAGGAGGGCUCUGGCCGUCCCUCUUGGCUGUCGGCGGCGCGCAACGUGCUCGGGCGGCCGUCCUCCAAAGCUCCUCCAGCGGCAGUAGAAGAAACGCGCGAUGACAGCAAAAGGGAAUCGCUUGAGGACGCGAAGGCGGAUCUCCCAGCUGAAAAUAAGGACACAGCCAUCGUGGAUGCCGCUGAGGCUCAGGCUGUGUCGCGGCAUCACGUUGAGUUCGCGCUCGCUGCAUCCGGCGAGCAGCCGCACGACGUUGAGGAUGCGCCAGGGACACAAUUCCCGUCGAAAGCCAUGCGAGAUGCAUUUGUAAGCGAUGUCGCGCACAUUCUACCUUUUACUGCCUUCACACCCAUCACCGAUGUUAGGAUGCAGCGUCAGGGAAGCACGCUUCAUGUGCGCUUUGAUGCACUUCAAACGUCCGAGGUUAACUCCUGGACGAAAAGGGAGAUUGACGCCGCGUUAAAACGCUACACUUUUCCUCGUCUGCGUGCGGUCAGCAAAAUUCAAAUUGCAGCAGGCGAUUUGGGAACGGGGAGGCGGAGUGACAAAUUUAUUGAAAACGGAAAGUCCAGCGGAAAAGCCCGCCUAGGAGUUGCCCAAGACACUACAAGUGCGACGGAGGAAGGCCACUGUCAGAACAACAUGGGAAAAAACCCACAGGAACAAAUUCCAGGGGCGGAAGCAGAAAAAAAACCGUCACCGGGAUCACUUCCUGGGGAUUCGCAGGAGCCAGUUCAUGCAGAGACGCAGGAGCCAGUCCAUGCAGAGACACAGGAGCCAGUUCAUGCAGAGACGCAGGAACCAGUCCAUGCAGAGACGCAGAAGCCAGUUCAUGCAGAGACGCAGGAACCAGUUCAUGCAGAGACACAGGAGCCAGUUCAUGCAGAGACGCAGGACCAGUCCAUGCAGAGA